ACACGCAAAGAUCGAAACACCCUUCCACCCCACAAAACACCCUCAGCCCAGUCAUGUCCCUGUUGCGACCAGCACAAAGCCGGCAUGUCUCCUCUCCUCUCCCUUCUCCUUCUCUCCCUCUUCCUUGCACCAGAGGUGGCCGCUGCUGCCACCGAACUAAGGCAUGGGUACUACUCGGAGACGUGUCCUGAGGCCGAGUCCAUCGUGCGGGCGGUGAUCCACCGAGCCAGGAUCCGAGAGCCCAGGAGCGCCGCCUCCGUCAUGAGGCUUCAGUUCCAUGACUGCUUUGUGAAUGGAUGUGAUGGGUCUGUGCUCCUGGAUGACACGCCCACCAUGCUGGGCGAGAAGCUGGCCUUGUCCAACAUCAACUCCCUCCGGGAUUUUGAGGUGAUCGACGAGGUCAAGGGGGCGUUGGAGGAGCAGUGCCCGGGGGUCGUUUCCUGCGCCGAUAUCAUCAUAAUGGCCGCAAGAGAUGCAGUUGUACUGAGUGGAGGGCCCAGCUGGGAAGUGAAACUAGGCAGGAAGGAUAGCUUAACGGCUAGCCAAGAGGACUCCAACAAUAUCAUGCCGAGUCCCAGAGCCAAUGUCACCUUCCUCAUUAACCUCUUCCACCAAGUCAAUCUAAGCAUCAUUGAUCUGGUGGCGCUCUCGGGUUCUCACUCCAUUGGCGAAGCUCGAUGCUUCUCGAUAGUCUUCCGUCUCUACAAUCAAUCUGGCACCGGCCGGCCUGAUCCAAACAUGGACCCCGAGUAUCGAAAGAAGCUGGAUGAACUGUGUCCCAAGGGUGGGGAUGGGAAUGUCACCGGCGGGCUCGACGCGACGCCGGUCGUGUUUGACAACCAGUACUACAAGGACUUGGUUCAGAAGAAGGGAUUCCUCAACUCUGAUCAAACUUUGUACUGCGGAGAUGCUAGGACUAGAAAGGUGGUUCAAAAGUUCAGCCAUGAUCAGGCAGCAUUCUUCUCGGCCUUCAUCAAAGGAAUGGUCAGGAUGGGUGACUUGCAAUCAGAAGAGAGAGGAGAGAUCAGAAGGAAUUGUCGAGUGGUGAACGACGGGGGCCCAUUCCAUACAACCUUGUAGAAGUUUGGACUUGGAAAUGAAAGAACGGUCCAGCAUUUGUGGACACUAGUGAAUUGAUCAUAUGAUCUUUUGUCA